AUGGGUUUGUUCGUUUUCGUUAACGAUCAUAACCCUGGCCGCAAGGAUUCCUCCUGCUCCUCGUGUCCACGUUCCUCUACAACCCAAAAUCACCUCCACAAUCACAUCAAGAGCUGCAACCAUGAUAAAUAUGAGGAUCUGACGCCCACCAGAAGCUCCAGUAAUCAGCAAAGGUCCUCUGGUACUGUCAGCAUUAACACCUCUCUCAGUCCCACACAGAAAGAAGGAAACGUCUGCUCACAGUGUGGGAAGAGCUUCAGGUUCCUGAGUGAUCUCAAAAGACACCAGCGCGUUCACACUGGAGAGAGACCGUAUCAGUGCUCACAGUGUGGGAAGAGAUUUAUUACACAGAGUCAUCUCAGAGAACACCAGCACGUUCACACUGGAGAAAAACCGUAUCAGUGUUCACACUGUGGAAAGAGUUUUACGUAUCACAGUAAUUUCAAAAUACACCAGCGCAUUCACACUGGAGAGAAACCGCAUCAGUGCUCCCAGUGUGGAAAGAGGUUUAAUUAUCAGACUGAGCUCAAAACCCACCACCUCAAUCACACUGGAAAGAGACCAUAUCAGUGCUCACAGUGUGGAAAGAGUUUUUAUCAUCAGAGUAGUCUUAAAACCCACCAGCGCAUUCACACUGGAGAGAAGCCGCAUCAGUGCUCACAGUGUGGGAAGAGUUUUAUUAGACAGAGUGAGCUCAAAGUACACCAGCGCAUUCACACUGGAGAGAAACCAUAUGAGUGCUCACAUUGUGGGAAGAGUUGUAAUACACAGAGUAAUCUCAGAAUACACCAACGCAUUCACACUGGAGAGAAACCCUAUCAGUGCUCACAUUGUGGAAAGAGCUUUAAUCAACAGAGUCAUCUUAAAGCUCAUCAGCGCAUUCACACUGGAGAGAAACCCUAUCAGUGCUCUCAGUGUGGAAAUAGUUUUAGUUGUCAGGGCACUCUCAAAAUACAUCAGCGCAUUCACACUGGAGACAAACCCUAUCAGUGCUCCCAGUGUGGAAAGAGUUUUAAUAAUCAGAGCGCUCUUAAAGAACACCAGCGCAUUCACACUGGAAAGAAACCGUAUAAGUGCUCAGAGUGUGGAAAGAGUUUUAAUAAACAUACUUAUUUUAAAGAACACCAGCGCAUUCACACCAGAGAGAAACCAUAUCAGUGUUCACAGUGUGGAAAUAGUUUUAUUAGACAGAGUGAGCUCAAAGUACACCAGCGCAUUCACACUGGAGAGAAACCAUAUGAGUGCUUACAUUGUGGGAAGAGUUGUAAUACACAGAGUCAUCUUAAAGCCCAUCAGCGCAUUCACACUGGAGAGAGACCCUAUCAGUGCUCACAUUGUGGAAGGAGCUUUAAUCAACAGAGUCAUCUUAAAGCCCAUCAGCGCAUUCACACUGGAGAGAGACCCUAUCAGUGCUCACAGUGUGGGAAGACUUUUAAGCAGCAGACUUGUCUCACAAUACAUCAGCGCAUUCACACAGAAGAGAAACCCUUUCAGUGCUCACAUUGUGGAAAGAGCUUUAAUCAACAGAGUCAUCUUAAAGCCCAUCAGCGCAUUCACACCGGAGAGAAACCAUAUCAGUGCUCACAGUGUGGGAUCUGCUUCGCUCAUGAAUCGACCAUUAAGAAACACCAGCGCAUUCACACUGGAGAGAAACCGUAUCAAUGUUUACAAUGUGGGAAGAGUUUUUAUAAACGGAGUGAUCUAAAAAGACACCAGCGCAUUCACACCGGAGAGAGACCAUAUCAGUGCUCACAGUGUGGAAAGAGUUUUAAUACACAGAGUAAUCUAAAAAUACACCAGCGCAUUCACACUGGAGAAAAAACGUAUCAGUGCUCACAGUGUGGAAAGAGUUUUACUCGACAGAGUGUUCUUAAAAUACACCAGCGCGUUCACACUGGAGAGAAACCCUAUCAGUGCUUGCUGUGUGGAAACAGUUUUAACACACAGGGUAAUCUCAAAGAACACCAGCGCAUUCACACUGGUGAGAAACCAUAUCGGUGCACACAGUGUGGGAAGAGUUUUACUCGACUGAGUGAUCUCAAAAUACACCAGCGCUUUCACACAGGAGAGAAACCGUAUCCAUGCUCACAGUGUGGAAAGAGAUUUAAUACACAGAGUGAUUUUAGAAGACACCAGCGCAUUCACACUGGAGAGAAACUAUAUCAGUGCUUACAGUGUGGUAAGAGAUUUAAUACACAAAGUGAACUCAAAAGACACCAGCGCAUUCACACUGGAGAGAAACCAUAUCAGUGCUCAGAAUGUGGAAAGAGUUUUAAUACACAGAGUGAACUCAAAAUACACCAGCGCAUUCACACUGGAGAGAAACCAUAUCAGUGCUCAGAAUGUGGAAAGAGUUUUAAUCAACAGAGUUGUCUCAGAAGACACCAGCGCAUUCACACUGGAGAGAAACCAUAUCAGUGCUCACAGUGUGAAAAGGGUUUUAAUACACAGAGUGAAUUCAAAAGGCACCAGCGCAUUCACAAUAUAGAGAAACCAUAUCAGUGCUUGUGGUGUGGGAAGAGUUUUAAACGACCGACUAAUCUCACAAUACACCAGCACAUUCACAUUGGAAAGAAACCGCAUCAGUGCUCACAGUCUGGAAAGAGUUUCGGUCAACUGAAUAGUAUCAAAGCCCACCAGCGCAUCCAAACUGGAGAAAAAACACAUCAGUCCGUAAAGUAUGAAGAGAUUUAAUAAUCUCAAAAGGCACCAGUGUGGGGCAGUUUGGUGGCGCAUUGGCAAAACACGAUAGCAUACCAGUACUGCGCUUACCAACUCACACUCAGGAGUUUGAAUCUGGAAAGAGCUUUAUUGGACAGGGUGAACCUAAAAUACACCAGCGCAUUCACUGUGGAGAAGAACAAAACAUUUUACUUUUCAUA